AUGGCCAAGUCCAGGAACCACAGACAUGGCAUCAAGAAACCCCAAUCACAAAGAUAUGAAACACUUAAUGGGGUAGACUCCAAGUUCCUGAGGAACAUACACUUUGCCAAGGAGCACAACAACAAGGGCCUGAAGAAGAUACAGGUCAACCAUGCCAAGGUCAUGAAUGCACGUGCCAAGGCUAUCAAGGCUCUCCUUAAGCCCAAGGAAGUCAAGCCCAAGAUCCUAAAGAGCAGCAGCUGCAAAUUCAAUCAACUUGCCUACAUUGCCCGCCCUUCCCCACCCCCAAGCCUGGGAAACGUGCUCAUGCCCACAUCACCAAGGGUCUCAGACUCCACCAGCCAAAGUCCAAGGCCAGGGCUCAAACCAAGCCCCAGUCUGUGCUGCAGCUCCAGCUCAGGCUCAGGCUCCCAAAGGUGCCCAGGCCCCCACCAAGGCUCCAGAGUAGAGACCUCUGUCUGCCGAUAUGAGGACAGGACUGUCAACAUGGCAGAGAACAAGCCACAUAACCAGACACCCUGCAUCUACAAAUGGGACAAUAAUACUCAAAACCCAACUACAUCAAGAGAACCCAAAUAUCACAGAAACCUGCAGGUGUGCUACCAGGAAGAGGUGCUGAACCAUGAGGAUGCAGAGGGCUGGCUGAUGGAGGCACGCAAAGGUGCAGAUGAGGAGGCUCUCGCUGGCGCUGAGCUGGAAAAGUGAAUCGACAGCCUGAUGGAUGAAAUCGCCUUUCUGAAGAAGGUGCACAAAGAGGAGAUCGCCAAGCAGUAUGCUCAGAUCUCCGUGGAGAUGGACGAGUUCUCCAAGUCUGACCUCUCCGCCAUGCUCAAGGACAUCCGUGCCCAGUACGAGAAGCUGGCUGCCAAGAACAUGCAGAAUGCUGAAGAAUGGUACAAGAGCCGCUUCACCGUGCUGACUGAGAGAGCUGUCAAGAACACCUAUGCGGUGCGCACCGCCGAGGACCAGGUGUCCGAGAGCCGCCGCCUGCUCAAGGCCAAGACCCUGGAGAUGGAAGCAAGCUGAGGCAUGAACGAAGUGCUGGGAAAGCAGCUGCAAGAGCUGGAGGAUAAGCAGAAUGCAGACAUUAGUGCUACGCAGGACACAAUCAACAAAUUAGAAAAUGAGUUGAGAACUACAAAGAGUGAAAUGGCACGAUAUUUAAAAGAAUACCAGGACCUCCUCAAUGUGAACAUGGCUUUGGACAUUGACAUUGCAGCUUACAGUAAACUCUUGGAAGGUGAGGAGACCCGGCUCAGUUUCACCAGCGUGGGAAGCAUAGCCAGAGGCUACUCCCAGAGUUCCCAGGUCUUUGGCCGAUCUGCCUAUGGUGGUUUACAGACCAGCUCCUACUUGAUGUCCACUCGCUCCUUCCCUUCUGACCAGGAGGAGCUGAUUGAGGUGGAAGAGACCAUUGAGGCUGCAAAAGCCCAGGAAGCUAAGGAUGAACCCCCCUCUGAAGGAGAAGCUGAAGAGGAGGAAAAGGAGAAGGAAGAGGCUGAGGAAGAGGAAGGAGAGGAAGAGGAAGAAGGUGCCAAGGAAGAAUUUGAGGAUGCAAAGGAGGAAGAAGGAGGUGAAGGUGAAGGAGAAGGAGAAGAUGCCCAAGAAGCUGAGGACGAGAAGAAAGAUGAAGGUGCUGGGGAGGAGCAAGCAACCAAG